UACAAAUAUGGAGAAGAAAAAGCUAACUAUAGAUCUGUAUUUUGUUUGAACUGCGCUUGCUGCACUGCGUUUCUCUCUUUUCUCUUUCUACCUUUGUUAUCCGAAUCUAUAUCUAUUUCGUUUUAACUACAGGAGGUGCAAAGCUAGGAGAAACAGGUUUUUUUUUAUUAUAACACGUGCACGUGUAUCCCAGGGUAUCCCAGAUUGACGCAGUGUCUGUUCCAAGACAAUAAUAAGAAAACGGUGAUUUCUUUCAAGUCAUAAGGAAGCGAGAAUAUUUUAGUGAUAUCCGACUGCUGCUGGCUAGCAGCCUCAAAAAAAUCGAUAAGGGAGACGCGCGAGCCAACAAAGGCGCACGCGUCGAGCGUUACUGAUGCGUGUCAGCUGUCCCGAUCGUAAGUAAAACGGGAAAGAGUACAGGUGUUCCUCACUCCACGUCCGUGGUCUUCCAAUGUAGAGCUACGAUCGAAUGACUUAAAUGGCUUGCGACAAUUGUACGAAGGUAUAUUUGGGAUACGAGGACGAGUACGUUACCGACAAGCACCGGUCCUUGCUCAACUUUACGACGAACAAGAUCGGGGGGUAUCCAAACUGUGAUGGGAAGAAUACAUUAUCGUCACCACAAUGUAGACUCUGUGGCUUAUAUCAGCUCUUGGCACUCCAAUUGUUUGCUCCGUUAGAUAGCUCAAAGUACCAUCGGACUUUAUAUAUAUUUGCAUGUAUCAACUCAAAUUGCUGGAAUCAAAAUGAAAGCUGGACAUGCUUGAGAAUACAGCAUCUAGAGGAUGAAGUUAAGACUACGCCCGAUUCUGGAAGCGUUAAUGUACCAUCCACGGCAGCUUGGUUGUCUGAUGCAGACGAUUGGGGAGAUAGUGUAAAUGAUAAUGCAUCGGAACAAAAUGGGAAUAACAUGUUAGAAAAUGAUCCGUUACAAUUUCACUUUUCUCUGCGUAAAGAAAUAGACCAGGAUAUACGAGAGGAAUUGUCUGUACUGCGCGUGGAUGAUCCAAAUGCAAAUAGUCCAGCCAGCGUAGACUCUCCAGUUAGCGGAGGUGCUGUAGGUCGUUUAGAUUCUCCUCAAGCUUCAGCAGAAAUUGAUGGAGAUGAGAGUGAAGUCGUAUGCAUUGACACUCCAACGCGACCACAAUGUGAUUUAAUUAGUUUACUGCACGAAGUAACUCCGUUGCCACUGCAAAUCACGAACGCGGAAACCAAGUGUUCGUUCGUCGAGAUAUUUCUCUCGGUCGAUGAGGAGGAUUGCAGCAUAGAUGUGUCUCAACACGUUCGAGAUUUAUUGGUCGAAUAUCAGCAUAGCAAUCCGGACGCAUCGACUAAGUUUACGCCAGAUUCCGGCAAUCCUAAAACCAUCGAAACAGAUGUAGAAAAAUAUGAGAAAAGCAUUCCUAAACACGGUGAUGAGAUGUUCCACAAUUUCCUUUGCAGAAUACAGAGAAAUCCUGGACAGCUGUUACGCUAUUCAAGGGACAAUUCUGCACCAUUACUGUUAUAUCCGCUAAGCGGUUGUAUCGGUAAAUGUCGGCAUUGCGGCGACGAGAUGACUUUUGAGCUGCAAGUUUUACCGACGAUCAUACCAAAGUUAAUAUUAAAUCCAAGAAGCGAUCGGAAUUUCCAGAUCGAGUUCGGCACUGUUUUAAUAUACACUUGCGUUAGAAGCUGUUGGUCUGCGACCGAUUCAUAUCGAGAAGAGCAUGUCGUUGUUCAAGCUGAAAGACUAUAGUUGUAAAAUAUUAAUAAGAAAAGUUACGAGUGAAGCUAAGGUUCUUCCAGUGAUCCUAUACUAUAUAGAAUUUCAUAUUUACACGUCUAGGACGACUAGUCAUGUUACGUCUGUAGAAGAAUACCGUCCACCUCUUCAUGUACACAUCAAAAGUCCUAUGUAGCGAGCGAUGGUUGAUAAUAGUAAAGACGUUGCAGAGAUAUGUAUCUCGAGCUACAUUAAGCGACAUGUGAUUCGCAAUUGAAAAAGAAAGAUUUUAGGAAUGUCUGAUAGAAGAGAGUUUAGAGUAAGAGCAUUUAUUUUACUUUUCAUCUCGAUCUUAGUAUAUAUAAGUACAGUGUAAGAUAUACCUGUACAAUUGCUACUGACAUAUAAAUACAGAAACCUUGAUGGAAAACGACAUAUAUUCCUUCUUGGAGCGAAUUCAUAUGUAUUGUACAUUUUUACAGUUUACUUACAAUGACUAUCUUAAUUAUAUUAUAAAAAAAACAGUAGGUUGAUUAAAACUAAUUUACAGAUAAAUC